CAGCACAGCAUGGAGGCAAGACAGGAAGAAAGAAAAACACUGUCCUGGGAAACCACUUUACUAAAUGACCAUCUUCAAGCACACAUUUCACUUCCUUUAUUGCAUUCAUGAUGUAAUUGCUACACAUUUUAUGUUGUCUGAAAACCAGCUUCUAAUUCACUAGGCUGACAAACACCAAAUCGCAUUUUAACAAAAGUAAUAAAACCAAAACCAGUCAAAUGUCUUAAAUGAACCAAACUCAUUGGACAAACACGAUAAACAGCUCUGUAAACCAUUAAGUAGUUUUUUCCCCCACUCCAGUGAUUCAGAGGGCUGUGACUGACGCAGACAGCAGGGAAUUCAGUUUUCAAGUCCAGGCAGGAAACAUGCUUCUGUAUACACUGCCAGGAAGCGGAGUUUGAGCUCACACCAUUAUCAGCUCGACCGCUGCACUGAAGAGAUGCAAAACACAAAGUUUUACUGGUGGAAAACUCCUGACAAGAAGCAACACCAAGAGGGCUGAAGCCUAAUUAACUGGGAAAUACUGGAAUAUCAACUUAACGGUGACAUGUUUGACCUCAUGCCAGGACUACUCAUUUGUUUGAUGGCAGUGCAGACCAAUCAGCUUGAUGGAAACAAAAACGGGACCAAAAUCCAACCUCACACAGUGAAUCCAAGGACCUUUAAGGCCGACUAUAAUGACACAGGCAGAAACUUGCAUGUGAAGCCAGAGGAUCCAGUGACAGCCUAUACCACAGGGGUGCUCAGCACCUGGGUCAUACCCUCAUCGUACAUCCUGUCUAUGCUGGUGGGCAUCCCCUCCAACGGCUACAUUCUGGCCUUUCUCAGAGUCCGGCUCAGAGCACAGUCCUUUUCCACAGUCGUUCUUCACCUGAACCUGGCGCUGUCUGACCUGCUGCUCCUGCUUUCCCUUUCGCUGCGUGUUCACUACCACUUCAAUGGGAACAACUGGAUAUUUGGGGAAACCUCCUGCCGGCUGAUUACGGCUUUGUUUUACGGUAAUGUUUACUGCUCAGCUCAGACCAUCGCGUGCAUCAGCCUGAACAGCUACCUGGCUGUGGUCAAACCAUUCAUGUACAGGAGACUUGCUACGAAAACACUGGCGGUGUGGACGUGCUUGGUUAUAUGGUUGCUGUUCGGGGCUGCUGUUGUGCCUGAGCUCCUUGUCAGGCAGAGUUACAACAUCUCCCAGCUGGGGAUCACAACAUGUCAUGAUGUACUUCCCCUAGACGAAAAAUCACACUCCCAUCUGGUGCCAUAUAGGCUGAUGCUUAUCUGUCUAGGCUUUAUAACGCCCUUCCUCUUUUGUAUCUAUGCCCAUGUGGCUGUAAUUUACCAUCUAGGUCAAAGUGCUUGUGACUGGAAGCCAUUUAUCAGAGUCAGCACUCUGGUUUUCAGCAUCUUCUUGGUGUGCUUCUUGCCCAGCGGCGUCCUGCAUAUGACCCACUACAUCCGCCUGUUUUCCGGUGGGGACGACAGCCUGUAUGGAUACUUUAGAGUAGCUGUGUGUCUCUGCUGUUUCCACAGUUGUCUUGAUCCCUUCCUGUGUAUGCUUAUUUCCAAGACAGCGGCUUCAGAACUACAAUUUAUUUCUCUCCGCGAGAUAUCUCCGAGACAAGCAGUUAUGACGUGAUACUGGACAUGUAUACAAAAAAAACAAAACAAAACCCAAGCCUGGACUAUUGUUGGAACACAGCAGGAAGUCACAAGGGAAAAUGACAAACUGAAGACCGGACAUUGUGGUUAACAUUAGGCUGUAUCCACGUUACAUCCAGAAUCAGAAACUAUUAAUGUGGCCAUAGUGUCAUUUGUUUCCAUGUAUACUAAAAACAUGUUUUAUGUGUCAUGUUUUGUUCAUCUUUUCAUUAAAAUUAUAUCCAAAAGUCAACAAUACUUUUUGUAAACGAUAUAUCCGUUACUUUAAAAUCAAGAUUGAGCAAUUCAGAUAGAUAUAUACAUGACCUAAUGUAAAGAAGUGACAUAGGAUAAAAAACUGCUGUAUAACAAAACUAACAAGACAAAGUUAUGACACGGUUUAAAUAAUGAUUCAUGUAGGAAGUGGGGGUGCUUACUGAACCUGCUUUGCUCGCCCUUUCCUUCCAGGGGGAGUCCUCUACCUUCUGAUCUUAAUCAUCAUCCCGUGCCUUCUCCUCCCUCCGCUUCUCUGACAACACAUCACCCACGCACGUAGGGUCUCAGGGGGGACAUGAGCUGCAUAGGUUGGUAGGGCCAUUCACGUGGCUUUGCUGGCUGUGCAGUCAUAUGUUUCUCAUUUUUAAUUACCACACAGUAAGGGUGGGAGAUAUAUCAAAUAUACUCGAUGUAUUGCAAGUUUUUCCACUCACGAUACUUAAAAUGGCUUUAUAAAUUGCCAUGGCAAUAUUAAGCUGUCUGCAUGCAAUUCCCUGUGAGGUUUUUUUUUUCCUCCCACAUGCUGCACAAUCAUUAAUUCCCCUCCCUCCCAAACAGAAAAUUUUCUACCUGGCGCACUGCGCUGAACAAAAUGCGGUAAUUUGCAAAACGUGCCGUAAACAUUUGCCGCAAGAGGAAGCAAUACCACAAAUUUAUUCUACCAGCUGAAAAGUUCUCCACUGCAAAAUUAAGACUUUUUAAACUCCACAUGUCAACGUCUCCCCACACACCAAAGAAAACAUUAAAUAAACCAGCUGUGAUACUUGUGACUGUUCUAUGUCAGUCGUUUUUAAAGUCACUAUCUAGACUUUUGUUUCUGUAAUUUGAGGUCAUCAAAUUUUUUAUUUUAUUAUUUUUAUGUGUUGUAAGCUCAAAAGAGCACCUUUUUAAUUUCAAUUGUUUUAUUUUGUCUCGUGAAUUCUUGCUUGACGUCUUUUGUUUGUUGAAGGUCGAGUGUUGACCACAGAACGA